CCGAAUUAAUAUAGAUAUCCCAUCAGGAGCUUGGCUCAGUCAGUGGAUUGCGGGUCCUUUCGAGACGAUACAACUCCCAUUAACACAAGAAGGGUAGAAGAUACCUUUCAAUGUUUCAAAUUUAACAGUUAAAUCAUCAUUGUUUUUAAUUAAAUCAUUAUAUUUUUCUCACAAAUCUGAGUUUAGUUAGCUAUUGAGAGACAAGAUGUCUAUAUAUAGGAAACCAACUGUUCCUUUGGAAGAGGCCCUUAAUAUAGCAGGUACUGGACUUUAUACCAACUACGUUACCAUCACAACAGGUGCCAUCUACUUCUGUGCUCUGUUGUCAUGCCAGGCCAUAGCCAUUGUCAUUCCUGCAAUAGGUUGUGAUCUUAAACUCUCCAACUCCGUAAAAGGAGCUAUGGCAUCGAUGACAUUUACGGGUAAAUAUAAAUAUGCAUACUUCAUUCCAGAUUCAGUCUUAGAGAACAUGUAUGCUGUUUUCCGGACAGCUAUUCGGCUUCUUGGCGGACAAUUUCGGGCGGAAGAGUGUGGCACUGUACAGUCAGAUAACGACUGCAUUCUUGUUGACAGCUUGCGGGUUAACGCCCAACACUCCAACCAUGAUGGUCAUGCUGUUCCUCAACGGUUUUGUGUAAGUUUGUCUAUUGAGAAUAAUGCCUUACGCUUCUUGCUGGCAAAAGGUCAGUAUCUUGGUCAUGCCGAAUCAAGCAACGUUCUUCCUAUUGUGGAAAGCAACAAAGAUAUUAUAAUUUUUAAGGUGGUAAGCCUCACUGGAGUUCUGACACCUGCCUAUGUCUACGUCAGCGAGUUUACUGCGCUCAAAGACAGAGCCAAAGCCCUAGUCGCCCUCACGGCAAUCGGUGCCUUAGCCAACGUGUACCUUCCAGGUAUGGCUUGGCUGAUCAUGCCGCUGGAUAUAAAUAUACACAUCAUUGGUGAUAUGAGGUUCACUUCAUGGCGGCUGUUUAUCAUCCAUCUCAUUGUUCCAAUAUUACUUUCGACAGCGUUGCUCUGGAAUCUGCCAGAAAGCCCCAAGUUUUUGAUGAGCCAAGGAAAAGCACAGGAAACCGUGGACGUACUGAAGUCCGUUUUCGCACUAAACAAUAAUAGACGAAAGGAAUCAUUUCCAGUUUUAAGCAUUUGCUUGGAUGCCGAUGAUCUGACCUGUGCUAAGGUUGAAAGUAGCGGCAACCAGUUCAUCAACUAUUUCAAGAUGAUGAUGAGCCAGACGUGCUUACUGUUCUCGAAGAAAUAUAUCUUUUACACUCUGCUCUGUAUUGCGCUCCUUUUUGGUGUAGUUGGAGGGUUUAACUCGUUAUUUCUGUGGUUCCCGGAUGAAGUAAGUAGGAUCAGACAUUAUUCUCAGAGUCAUGACGAAUACAACGUGACCCUCUGCGACAUCAUGUCCUCAAGAAGAACUGUCCAAGAGGUACCAAAUUGUCAACUAAACUACAGCUUCUUCGCGGCAAACAUAAUCCUCGGUAGUACUCAGUUUAUCACUUGUCUCAUAUCGAGUGUAGCUGCUGAAAAGAUAGGAAGGAAACUUUAUUUAAUGAUAGCAACGUCCAUUUCGAGUUUGAUAUGCUUUAGUACUAUAUUCAUCACCAAUGAAUACCUCACGAUUGGAUCACUUGGCAUGAUGACUCUGUUGUUGUACUUGGCGUUUCCGGUAACAGUAAGCGUGAUGGUAGAAUUCUUUCCAACCCCUUUGAGAUCUACUGCAACGUCCAUCAUUAUGGUAUUCGGCAGGCUGGGUGCCACUGUGGGAAGUCAAAUGAUGGGAGUACUCUAUGCUAAUUAUUGUGAAGAAGGAUACGUUGGAAUGACGUUGAUACUUGCUGGUUAGUAUGAUUGAUAUUAAUAUAUAUCUAAUGUAUCGUUUUUGAUCAUAACAUUUUUUUUCUGAUUUACAUUUAAGCUUCCUUCGUCAUUUGCAUAAUUCUACCUGUGAAGAAGUAACCAUCAAUUCAAAAUAUUGGAUGCAGGUAUAACUGUAACUUAAAAAUAAAUAAAUAUUUUUUUAUAUUAUAUAUUUCCAUUGUAAAUAAAAUAAUUCGAUUGUAAAAAGUAUAAUAUAUAUAUUUUUUUUAUAAAAAGUGUAAUAAAAAAAAAA